AUGAAAGAGGAAGUGGAAGAAGAAGUGGAAGAAGAAGAAGAAGAGGAGGAGGACGAGGACAGGAACAACGAGAAGAUGGCCAAGAAAGUGAGACGGAAGGUCGACGUGAACGUGCUCGACGACCCGGAACUCGACGAGCCCGAGAGGGAGCGCAAGUGGAGGUGAGACGUGACUGAAAAUUGAGUGGCUGAAAAGCUUAGGCCUUGGCAGGCUUUCGAAAAGCCUGUCCCUGAAUGUUCCUGCCCAUCCUUGGCAAAAACUCACGAAAUGUACAGCAGAGAGAGCUUUUUUAAUUAAAAACAUUGAAGACACAAAUUUUCCAUAAAAAAGUUAUGCCACUAGAGUUUUCAUUAAAACUUCAUUGUAUUUUCUGCAGAGCCCUAACGGAGGACCAACUGGAGGAGGUGACGCUGGAGCUGUACCGCGUCGGCGGCUACAGUCCCCCGUACAACUCGUUCCUCGACACAAUGCCCGGAAUCGAGAUAAUCGACGUGCAAACGGACGUGGAGAGUCUUCAGGAACGUCGGCAGAAGAAUCGACAGAGUUCCGGACUCGUCUCUUCUUCUUCUUCCGCUUCCGCUGCGGGUCCCGACGCGAAAAUGCUGGCGAUGGCGCGGCAGGGAAUGGAGGGCGACGAGUCGACGUUCUCGGUCGAGGAACAACUCGAGACGCAGAAGCACUUGUGGUCGGACAAGUACCGCCCACGCAAGCCGACCUACCUGAACCGCGUGCAGACCGGAUUCGACUGGAACAAGUACAACCAGACACACUACGAUCAGGACAACCCGCCGCCCAAAAUUGUGCAGGGAUACAAGUUUAAUGUACGGAUUAGAAUGUGGGAAUUGCAGAAUUUGCAGAUUUUCCACCGAAAUUCAAAAAACGUGUAUUCUGUUGCAGAUCUUCUACCCGGACCUGCUGGACAUGACUCGAACGCCGACGUUCACGGUGACGCCGUGUGACGACCGUGACUUUGCGGUGAUCCGCUUCAAAUCGGGCCCUCCGUACGAGGACAUCGCCUUCAAAGUGGUCAACCGGGAAUGGGAGACCCUCCACAAGAACGGAUACAAAUGCCAGUUCCAGAACGGAGUCUUCCAGCUCUGGUUCAUGUUCAAGAAGUAUCGCUAUCGUCGUUAA